GCCGCUAUUGGCUGGGCGGGGGCGCGCGGCGGGGCGAGGCCUGGAGGGCGAAUGGCGCGAGCGGAGCCGCCGGCCGCCACCUUCGAGCGGCGGGUGCUGCGGAGCGCCGCGGAGCACCACUACCUGCGUGUCCGCCUGGAGCUGCCGGACGGCGGGGCACGGCCCAGCGUCGCGCAGUUCAAGCAGCUGGUGGUGUCGGCGCUGAGGGAGCUGCACGGAGAGGUUGGAGCAGCUUUGCCUGUUGAUGUCUUAAUAUAUGAGGAGAAAACUCUGUCUGCCAUAUUAAGAGUUAUUAGCAGUGGCCUUGUCAAGCUGUGGAGUGCCUUAACGUUGUUGGGCUUCUACCAGAACAGGAGGUGUGCCUUUCGAGUGCUGCAGGUAAAGCCCUGCGGGGGCUGGAUGGCUUCCCCCAAACGUCAGUUCUUGCUCCAAGGUUGCCUGGCUAGCUGGGUACUCUGCCUCUUCAUAGAAAGAUGGCCUAAGUGCAAAAAUGUCUUGGUUUGGGUGUGAAAUGCUUUUCAGUGCAAGUGUGUAGGCCUGUGUUUAAGCUAUUCUUAUUUUAUAAUGAAUCUUGUAAAGUGUGACAGUAGUUGCUGUUUCAUUACUUUCUGGUCUCAUUCCAACGAGAAGUCCUGAUCUUGUUAAUACAUCUGUGAGAAAAUAAGUUCUGGAAAGUUUUGUUCUUGGUCCACACCUUGGUCCAAUCUUUCAUUUUCGCUACCCCAUUUCUUCCCUUUCUAGAAGUCACUGUCAACUGCUCUCAUUUAAAAAUGCAUACACAAACAUGCACUUCCAGAGCUUAUUUUUUCCUGAGAAUGCCACUUAAUAAAAUGAGUUCCAAGACUUCUUUGUCUCCAAAGCAAUGGCUAAACAAAAAUCUGCUUGGGCAUGGCUCUAAGUUUUUAAUCUUUUCUCUAAAAGGGGAAUUUGAAUAUUUUCAACUUUGAGUGCAUUUGAUGGCAUUUUGUUUAUUUUUUUAAAUGCUUUAGUUUGUUUCUUGCUUUGUUUUUGUUUCCCACCCAAAUUAGACAUCUCCAUUUCUUCUUGCGUUAUCUGGGAACAGCAGAGAACUAGUCUUGGACUGAAUGCACGUGUUGAUUUGCUUGUACAAAGAAGAAGUUACUUGAGAUGUUGCAACCCUUCAGGUAUGGAAUUUCUGGAGGGGAUUUCCGACAAAGAGCCUUGACAAAGCUAACAGUUAUCAACUCACUGCUUGGACGUCCCUUCCCUCAGCAUUUACACGUAAAAGUUGGAGACAAAGCUGAGCUUACAAAAGCUUUUACACAGAAUGAUGUUGUUACUUUUUCUGAUUUAACAGGUGACACAAAUCCUUUGCAUUUAAAUGAAGAUUUUGCAAAGAAAUCUAGGUUUGGGAGAACUAUUGUGCAUGGAGUUUUGAUCAAUGGACUUAUUUCUGCAGUUCUGGGUACUAAAAUGCCUGGUCAAGGUUGUGUGUUUCUUUCUCAGGAGAUCCGAUUUCCAGCUCCUUUGUAUACUGGUGAAGAAGUCAUAGCUGCUGUGGAAGUUAAACGACUGAAGGGUUCUAUUGCACACGUUUCAGUAUCGUGUAAAGUCAAAGAAAGUGGAAAGACUGUUAUGGAAGGGAUGGUGAAAGUCAUGGUGUCGGACAGUUAGAGCUGUUGAUCCUAUGCUGCUUUACUAUAAAGGCCAGAGAUAUACGCU